AAAAAUUAUUACUUUAUCUUUGCACAGUAAAAUUCCAAUCUGGGCUGUAACAAUCCGUACGCUUCAAGGCUUCACUAAAGAAGUUGACAAUGAGUCGCGAACAAAAGAAUGAUAGGCUAUUGUCUAGGGAAGGAGAGGAGGAGUGGAUCAAUAUCACCGAUCCCCAAGAGAGAAAGCGAGUCCAAAAUCGAGUUUCGCAAAGAAAUUACCGUCGAAGGUUAAAACAUCGCAUCGAAGACUUGGAGCGCGAGACUGCAAGAUCUCAUGCCAUUUUAGGAUUAAAUUUAGAAGAUAUCAUACGCCCCGGAGAAGCUCAGCAAGGUUACCAUGUCUUCCCCAUUCAAACCACACCAAAAGAAACGAAUGAACGCAAUGCCUACGAGAAAGUCAUGAAUGAAAAUAAAAUCUCAACACCACCUUCUCAAUUAGAGCAACCAUUUCAAUUGAGACGUGAUGCUUUGGGAAAUUUAGCCGGACUGAGUUCGUCCUGGAUCAGCAGCUAUGACCCUAAUAACAGGCCUCGUGAGAAUUUCCUUGGCGCAGAUUUUCAAGACAUCGAACCAUAUACUCCGGCUCCCAGCACCUCAAGUUGUAGCAGCGCUCCAUCCAUGUCUUCAUUCCUACUCUCCCAGCUACCAAACCCAGUAGUGCCUUCAAACAUUACGUACAGCAGAACCAACUUUUCCGAAGAGCCUAUAGUACGACUGAAAUCUGCUACAGUCAGGCCAGAUUCUGACGGUUUACGUGAAAUACGGUCCAAUGCUAGCAUCAAGGCAAUUGGAGGCAGACUCGGCAAUAACAGUAACUGCACUACAACAGAUAACAGAGAUUCGGGCAUAGAUUGGCAAUUCCAACCUUUAUUUAGGCCAUAUAAUGACCCUGACGCUCCUUUACCUCAAAAACAUACCCGAGAGCAUGACCCGGUCUGUCCAUCAAAUGAAAGGCCAUUAGAAGAACGAUUCACUCAUAUCUUACUAAACACAUUGGAAGCUGGCUUCAAAGACAUUGACUCGAUGAUCCUUCAGUAUUACACAGAAACAUUUCGUUACGACUCAGUUAUUCACUGGGCACAGAAACGUAGUCGUAUGGAGCGUCUCAUGCCUCUUCUCAUAGAGUUGAGUAAAGCUUCGGCCUCUUGGGGUGCAGAAGAGGCGGAGCAAUACAAAGAUGCCAUUUUGAAAGUAGCAAGCUGCUUUUGUGCCUCAGACGUCGAUGUGGAUACCAAUACGCCCCAGACAGAUGGCUCGACAACUCAUAUUCUUAGCGAUGGGCUAUAGGGGCAUUUGUGAGCUAUUAAACAAGACUAAUAGAAUUCUUAACACUUGGCUGUGGUUUAAAGUUGUGUUUG